CUUUAGUGUUGUUGGGCCAAAACAGAAAAGAAAAGGGGAUAUUGAAAGUCGAUGGUGAGGUCCAGUCAUUUGUCUCCUCUCCUGUACCCUGUUAGUCAUUGACGCUUCGGUUUCUCAUUUCUCAAACUCUUGAACCAGUGAACUGAAAGAAGCACGCACCGGAGGAGGAAAUGAAAUUGAAUGACUAGCAUUUUAGAAGAGAAGAAUCAAGAAACGAAAAUAAAGAAACUAUGAAAGUGAAAGAAAAGGAGUUAAUAACAUUCACAUUCCCACACUCUACUCUGGUUAGAGUUAGAGAAGAAGAAGAAGAAGAAGAAGAAGCUUAUUUCGUUUCGAUGGCAAAGGCGAACCUAUCGAGCCUCCCUGAGCGCAUAGCAGCAUCCUCCUCCACCCUCACUCCCAACAACCCCUCCGGCGAGGCUUUAGAGGUCCGCUUCUGCACCGUCCUCCCCAAUCUCCUACACGCUUACGUCGUCCCUUCUUCCUCACGCAACAACGACAGAGAAGUCAUCGCCGUCGUCAAGCUCAUCUCUCACACCGCCCGAAACUUCCCUGGCGUCUUCUUCCUCGGCAAGCCCUCCGCUGUCUUGCCCGUCCUCGCUGAUAUCCUCCCUUCCUACGCAGACCCUCUCUUUCGGUCUCGUCACAGAGUCUUUUUUGAAGCUCUCGGUUCACUCCUCUCCUUGUUUCGCUCUGGAGCACGAGAUGCUUCCACACACUUCUUCCUUGACCCCAUGCUCCUCAUUCUAGAGAUGAGAUUCGAUCAUACUAAUGAUGAGGUUGAGAAAAAGAAACAUGCUGAGCUACUUGCACUUCCACCUCAUAGUUCAGAGGUCUACAUUGGGGGCAUUGCUAACAAUGUUUCUGAAGAAGAUUUGAGAGUCUUUUGUCAAUCUGUUGGAGAAGUGUCAGAGGUAAGAAUUAUGAAGGCGAAAGAAUCCGGUGAAAGAAAAGGUUAUGCUUUUGUGGCCUUCAAGACAAAGGAAUUGGCCUCCCAGGCUAUUGAGGAACUGAACAACUCUGAAUUUAAGGGGAAAAAAAUAAAGUGCUCAUCAUCUCAAGCUAAGCAUAGGUUGUUCAUUGGUAAUAUUCCUAAAAAAUGGACUGUAGAAGAUAUGAAGAAGGUUGUUGCAGAUGUUGGCCCUGGAGUCAUUUCUAUUGAACUGCUGAAGGAUCUACAGAGUUCUGGCCGUAAUCGGGGCUUUGCUUUUAUUGAGUAUUACAACCAUGCUUGUGCAGAAUAUUCGAGGCAGAAGAUGUCAAACUCAAAUUUUAAACUUGAAAAUAAUGCUCCAACAGUGAGCUGGGCUGAACCACGUAAUUCUGAAUCAUCUGCAGUCUCCCAGGUAAAAGCAGUGUAUGUAAAAAACCUUCCAGAAAACAUUACUCAAGAUAGUCUUAAGAAGCUGUUUGAACAUCAUGGAAAGAUCACAAAAGUGGUUCUCCCUCCUGCUAAAUCUGGACAAGAAAAGAGCAGAUUUGGUUUUGUGCAUUUUUCUGAUAGGUCAAGUGCCAUGAAGGCAUUGAAGAAUACAGAGAAAUAUGAAAUUGAUGGCAAAAAUUUGGAAUGUUCACUUGCUAAGCCGGAGGCUGAUCAAAGGUCGUCCGGCACAUCAAAUUCACAGAAGCCAGUCGUACUUCCCACGUAUCCACAUCGUCUUGGUUAUGGUAUGGUUGGAGGUGCAUAUGGUGGCAUCGGUGCAGGAUACGGUGCUGCUGGCUUUGCACAACCACUUAUGUAUGGUAUGGAGGUCCGCUUCUGCACCGUCCUCCCCAAUCUCCUACACGCUUACGUCGUCCCUUCUUCCUCCGGCAACAACGACAGAGAAGUCAUCGCCGUCGUCAAGCUCAUCUCUCACACCGCCCGAAACUUCCCUGGCGUCUUCUUCCUCGGCAAGCCCUCCGCUGUCUUGCCCGUCCUCGCUGAUAUCCUCCCUUCCUACGCAGACCCUCUCUUUCGGUCUCGUCACAGAGUCUUUUUUGAAGCUCUCGGUUCACUCCUCUCCUUGUUUCGCUCUGGAGCACGAGAUGCUUCCACACACUUCUUCCUUGACCCCAUGCUCCUCAUUCUAGAUACACUUGAUGUCAAUGCACCCUUCAGUUUAACGUUCAACUGUUUUCCCAAGUCCUUCAAUGGAAUUGAAGAUAAUCCAUCAACCAACAAACCGGUUGAUGGGUGUGGGUUGUUGGUUGAUAUCAGUGACCAAAGUAGGUGGCUGCCUUUUGCCACUUACACUUUGAAGCUUCUCAGUAAAUGUAUGACUGAAGGGACACUCUAUGUUGAAGGAUUGAUCCGUUCAUCGUUCGUUUCCGCUGCUUGUUGUUUUUUAUGCUAUCGGGAUACUGAUUUGCAUAUGGCGUGCUUGGACUUUCUGCACAUCAUUGCAACUGUCAUAAACUAUGAUAUCAUUCCUUAUCAGAAUUUAAUUCGCUCAAUAGCUACUAUCUUGAGUUUGGAAAAGGAGGGGCUUCCUGUUUUCAGGAACACAGCUUAUGAUUCAUGGAUAGUUGUCUGCCUCAAUGCACUCUACUCUAUCUGUCCAGAAGAUAUUGUCAAAUUAACAGCUUCUGAUUUGGUCAGCGUAUUCUUCCAAUCAAUGUGGAGAACCAAAAGCCAGCAACUUAAGGUUAACACUCGUGCUUGCUUUUCGCUAGAACAGCUCACUUUAUUAUUCCCCAGCGUCUUCUGCCACGGCAAGCCCACUGCCGUCUUGCCUGUCCUCGCUGAGAUCCUCUCGUUCUACGCAGACCCUCUCUUUCGGUCUCGUCAUAUAGUCUUUUUUGAAGCUCUCGGUUCACUUCUCUCCUUGCUUCGCUCUGCUGCACGAGAUGCUUACGGACACUUCUUCCUUGAUUCCAUGCUCCUCAUUCUAGAUACACUUGAUGUCAAUGCACCCUCCAGUUUAACGUUCAAGUGUUUUCCCAAGUCCUUCAAUGGAAUUGAAGAUAUUCCAUCAAUCAACAAACUGGUUGAUGGGUGUGGGUUGUUGGUUGAUAUCAGUGACCAAAGUAGGUGGCUGCCUUUUGCCACUUACACUUUGAAGCUUCUCAGUAAAUGUAUGACUGAUGGGACACUCUAUGUUGAAGGAUUGAUCCGUUCAUCGUUCGUUUCCGCUGCUUGUUGUUUUUUAUGCUAUCGGGAUUCUGAUUUGCAUAUGCGUGCUUGGACUAUGUGCACAUCAUUGCAACUGUCAUAAACUAUGAUAUCAUUCCUUAUCAGAAUUUAAUUCGCUCAAUAGCUACUAUCUUGAGUUUGGAAAAGGAGGGGCUUCCUGUUUUCAGGAACACAGCUUAUGAUUCAUGGAUAGUUGUCUGCCUCAAUGCACUCUACUCUAUCUGUCCAGAAGAUAUUGUCAAAUUAACAGCUUCUGAUUUGGUCAGCGUAUUCUUCCAAUCAAUGUGGAGAACCAAAAGCCAGCAA